AUGAAGUAGAAGGAAAUUAUAAAUCAUUAAAACUAUUUCAAAUUGAAAUGUAAUAUACCAGUGGAAAGAAAACUCUUACUUAAUAAUAGAAAGUUUAGUGAUUAAGUUGAAAUUGCAAUUAUCAAAUAAACACAAUAGAUAAAAAGAGACUCAUCACCUAAUCUGAAAAUUAAAGAAUCCCUUGGAUAUAAUUAUUUUAUUUUGAUUUAGUGGCCUAAAAGAUGGUUCUAUAUCAUAAAGUUUUUAAGUAAGUUAAUGUCUGGAUAACCAAAAAAAUUAAAGUAAACUAAUUUGAUGUGAAAAGCUUUUAAUAUUAAUCAAAAAGUUUAUCCUUUCAAUCCGUCUUCUCAAAUUGUUACAGUCGCUAUAUGGUAUAAUAUUCCUAAAUUAUAUCUUCAAGUUGGUUGGAUUCGCACUUAUAGAGUCUAAGCUAUUAUUUUAUAGGUGUUUACAUUUAAGAAUUAUAUACAGAAAAUAGAUGGCAUAUAGGACAUUAAUAUCUAAUCAAUGGGUUAUUUCAUCUCAUAACUUGUAUCUUAAAUUUAGUGAUAUAAUAAUAUUAAAUUAGUUCUAUUAAUAUUAUUUAGAAUCUAAAGACUAUAUAUUACAGAUAUUUAUAUGAUUUUUUGUAAUAGAUUUUCAUUUUUAUUUAACAGAAAUAAUAUUUCAUCAUUUUUAAUAGAUUUUAAAUUGGAAUUUUUGUUUUUCAACUAAAACUCAUGUAUUAAAUCGAGUAUUUUGAAUAAUGUAAUACCAUUGUUGAUUAUACAUAUAAUUACAACGAUUCAUACAAAAUUCUUUGA